UUUUCCUCAUUUCUCAUUUGGCAGCCAUUUUCAUUCGUCAUCGGUACAAAAUUUAAAAGUUUCCAUUUAUCCAGCUAAUUCCUUUCGUAAUGCCUGCCCGUCUGUUUGGUAUCCUAAAGUUGACCGAACACGUCCUGCCCAGGAGCAAGUUACUCCAUCAAUCACUGUAUCUGGCAAGGGGUAUGGGUCAGAAGAAGAACGAAAGUCAGGGCAACGAAAAGGGCAAGAAAACCUGUGGAAAGAAUCAGUUCUUUGGCGGCUGUUUUAAAAAGGCUGAGCCUUAUAGAAGAGAGAACAAGAAGGAGAAGAGCAAACGCUGUCGGGAUCCUUGCAAAGAUGGGCCCUGUCGUCCCGAGAAAUAGAUUAAUGUUACUACCCACAAACUGAAAGAACUAAUCCUGCAAUUUAACUUCUUUUAGUUAGCAUUUCCAUAUGUUUGACAUAGAUAAUUUUCGCUUUUUAAAAGAAUAAAGAGUAAACUUGUUGGAUGGGGAAAA